CACCGCCGAAGCUUCGGCGUGCGGAUAUCGUCAGCCGCCGUUGCUCGCUCUAGCAUUCGCUGGCGUUUAGUGCGGAAGAAGGGCGUCCACGUCGUCUGUCCCGUCCUGUUGAACUUGUCUUAAUUGUCCUCUCAUAUCUAGUUAUUGGAAAUCAGUAUUUUCAUAGAGAUUUGAAUAUAAAUCAGCAAGGACUGGCCUGGCAUAUAUCUGGAAACUAGUAGAGUUUUAAUCGAGCUAUCAAGGACAAAAUGAGGAAUCUUUUUUUAAAUCAGCGCCGCUGCGUUGAAAAAGAAGAGUUUUCUGAAUCAAGAUUCCUGAGCAUCGAUUUUGAUACAAGCAAAGUUUACACAGGGAGCAAUACUUCCUUUGACUGCUUAGAUCCAACAACUAAAGAGGUAGAAUGGACAGUAGUUUUAAAGACGCACGGCUUUGACUAUGGGAGUGAUGGACAUAAUGUAGUGUCCAUACAGCACCUUCCUGGCCUCCAGUCUCUGUGUAUUACAGUCACUAAUGGAGAUGUUCUUCUGUAUAAUACAGUUACUUCUGAGUUGGAAUGUGUAGGGAGUGUAGAGAAUGGUUUAUGCUGUAUGAGUUGGAGUCCAGAUCAGGAAUUGGUUGUAUUAGCAACUGCUGCUAAUACUCUUUUACUAAUGACCAAGGAUUUUGAACCUAUCUUAGAAACAGCGCUUCAGCCAGACGAGUUUGGACAACAGAAACCAAUAACUGUUGGAUGGGGCAAGAAAGAGACCCAGUUUCACGGGUCAGUGGGCAAGCAGGCAGCAACUCAGCAGGCUGAGAAUGUGAAACCUGCCCUUGCCUGGGAUGAUCAACAGGUCCGAAUAAGCUGGCGUGGUGACGGCGAGUGCUUUGUUGUCAGUUCCAUCAAUCCCUUGACAGGUGCAAGGCAACUUCGUGUUUGGAACAGAGAAUGCAUCCUGCAGUCAACGAGUGAGAAUGUUAGUGGCUUGGAGCAGGCCUUAGCAUGGAAGCCAUCAGGGAGCUUAAUAGCAUCAAGUCAGGUUCUUCCUCAUCGACAUGACAUAGUUUUCUUUGAGAAGAAUGGGCUUAGACAUGGGGAGUUCACGCUGCCCUUUAACAAGAACCAAGUCAAGGUGAAUGAGAUCCUUUGGAACACAGAAUCAACCAUUCUUGUUCUAUGGCUUGAAGAUUUGCCCAACGAAAACAGUUCUGACCAUUCACGAUUCAUCCCAGAUUCAUAUGUUCAAGUAUGGACAGUAGGAAACUAUCACUGGUACCUCAAACAAAGCCUUCACUUCUCCGCCAAUCAGAGAGUAACUGCUCUGACCUUUGAUCCUGAGCAUGCCAAUCAGCUUCAUCUGCUGAAUAGCGCAGGACAGUACUUGAGAUACAGCUGGACCUGGCAGACGGCCAACAGUAGAGGGCUGGGUGAAAACGACCAGGCUAUCACUGCGGUUAUUGAUGGAAAGGAUAUAUUAGUGACGCCUUUUAAGAGAAUGAUAGUGCCCCCACCCAUAUCGGCCUACACAUUGAUGAUGCCGACAUUUGUCAAUCAAGUGGUCUUAGCUCCGCCCCCAUAUAGCAACAACAUGGCAGUAGUGCUGCAGGACGGCCGUAUCGCAUUUUACACACACAAGACUGAUGGUGAAGAUGAUAAAGAAGAUACUUCUGUCAAACUGGUUGCGGCUGGUGGAAAUGGAUUCAAAUCUAAGGUAUCCCCUCCCAAGCUCAGAGGAAUCGCAAGGAUUAUUGAUGAAUCUGGUAAUCCAGUAUCUUUGGAUCUGCCGUUUCAUCUUCAUCAUUUCAUGUGGAUCAGAGCUGACUGCCUGGUCGCAGUGUCGUACAGUGAUAAGGACUGUGUUAGCUCAUUACAUCAUAUCAAAUGUGCGGGACUUGGAAGUGCUGAAUUGAAAUUAGUGUGCAAUCAAGAAGAAAGCCAACCGAUAUUUGGUGAGGUUGUCACCGUCAGUUGCCGUGGUGAUGAAGGCUCACUGGCAAUCCAGUUAGAUGAUGGAACAGUAGUGGAUGAGAACAAUGAGUUCAUCACCAAAUUGCCCCAACGAUGCUCGCAUGUCGCUGUUUGUAAAUUGGCUGGCCAGGAAGCAAUUCUGGGGCUAACUGAGCGGUAUCGUUUCUAUGUCAACGAGAUGGAGAUUGCAUCCAACGUCACUUCAUUUGCAAUAACUAAUGAGUUUUUAGUCCUCACUACUCACAGCCACACUUGUCGUUGUAUCAGCCUGGAUACCAAAUUAGAGGAUCUGGCAACCUUGAGUGAAGGCAAGGCGGUCUCCCUGGACGAGAGCAUGAGAAGGGUGGAGCGAGGAUCCCGCAUCGUCACGGCGAUAGCGUCCGACACCCGCCUGGUGCUGCAGAUGCCCAGGGGGAACCUUGAGACGAUCCACCCCAGAGCUCUGGUGCUUGCAUCCAUCAAGAGAUGCCUGGAUGCCCUGAAGUACAAGGAAGCCUUCACGGUGAUGAGGCGACAUAGGAUCGACAUGAAUCUCAUCGUGGACCAUAACCCACAGCUUCUCCUGAACAACAUAGAUGCCCUGGUCACCCAGCUAGAUGACUCCACCAGCCUCAAUCUUAUACUGAUGGACCUGAAAGAGGAGAGUGUUACUGAGACCAUGUAUGCUGCAGCCUACCACACCCCUGCCCCGCCCUUCAUCCUGGGGGCGGGGCAAACCAGUAAGGUAGAUGUGAUCUGUGAUGCCGUCAUGGAGAGUCUACAAAGACUGAAUCCAAAUAGAUACUUCUUAUCAGUCCUCGCCUGCCAUGCCAAGAAGACCAAACCCGAGCUAGAGAAGGCCUUAGAAAGGAUCAAAGUUAGGCAAGGUCAAGGGUCAAGCAACGAGACUGAUUGUCCUUCAUCAGACGAGGCUCUCCGGUAUCUCCUCUAUCUAGUGGAUGUCAAUGAACUCUACAAUGUAGCUCUUGGAACCUAUGAUUUUGACCUUGUCCUCAUGGUUGCUGAUAAAUCACAAAAGGACCCUAAGGAGUACUUACCAUUUUUGAACCAGCUGAGGAAUAUGUACCCAGACUACCAGCGCUACUCCAUAGACAAGCACCUCAAGCGAUAUGCGAAGGCUCUGGGCCACGUGAGCCGGUGUCCUGACCACUUCUCAGAGUGUUUAGAUCUCGUCAGAGAACAGAGACUCUACCCUGAGGCAUUGAAGCUGUUCAAGAGAGGGGAUCACCAGUACAAGGCCAUUGCAAAAAUCUACGGAGAGUACCUUCAGGAGAAGAACCGCUACUUGGAGGCUGCCCUCAUGUACGAGAUGUGUGACAACCUCGAGGGGGCGCUAGAGAUGUACCAGAAAUGCAGCAAUUGGCAAGAGGUGUUCUCCCUCACUGCUCGACUAAAAUACAGUACUGGGGAUGAGAUGGAGUUGGCAAGGAAAAUAGCAGGUCAGCUGGCAAGUAAUAGAAGGCACUCGGAAGCAGCGGUUGUACUGAUAGAGUAUGCCAAUGAUCUUGAAGAGGCCAUCACAACUCUGGUGGAUGGGGCACAGUGGGAAGAGGCUCUAAGAUUGAUGUACAAGCACAAGAGGACUGACUUCAUUGAAACAACUUUGAAACCUGCGCUUGUUGAGAAUUAUGAGAGCAAGAUCGACAGCCUGGCAAAUUAUCGCUCCACGUUCGAGCGUCACAAGUCCCGCCUCGCCGUCGUCAGGGAAACCAAGGCCCGUCAGCUGCAGGAGAUGAUGGACGGAGAGGGUGACCUGAAUGACCUGGACGCUGACCUUUACUCCGAUGCCAGUAGCAUGAUGGGAAGUGUCGCUCGGAGUGAGACAGGAAGUUUAAGAAGCACCGGGUCAACGCUGAGUGCGUAUACAGCGUAUUCUGAGGGAAAGGCAAAGAAAGGAGGUCGGGCUGGUAAGAACAGGAGGAAAGGAGAACGGAAGAAGAAUAGUCUCAAAGAAGGAAGUAGAAACGAAGAUAUCGCUCUCAUGGAAGCUAUGUCCCUCAUCAUGAAGAAUGUUGAUAGUUUGAGAGCUGACGUUGGUGUCCUCCUUCGAAUGUUGAUCAAGUUCAACCAUGAGGUCGAGGCUGAGGCUCUCCAGAACGACCUGCAGUCCCUACUCAAACUACUCCAGACCUCUGUCGAUGAAAUCUGGCCUACCCAGUCCACGGAUGACCAGACCUCGCAGGUAUAUGGACCACGAGCCACAACAAACAGUAUUGUUGCAAGUUUGACUCAGCUAGGUGGGCCACAGAGGUCAUUCACCAGGGAUGAAAUGACCUGUUUAGUACCACCUAAGCUGUCAGAAGAUCAGAAAUGGAAGUUGCAUCUAUUGGAGUCCAGAUAAUGAUUAUAUUAGAUGUUUAUUUAAGCGCACAAAGUAUUUAACAUGGUCUUUUCUUCAUUACUCAACACAUCCCCUGAGGAAUUUCGCAAUUUGUAUUAUGCAGUUAGGAAUUAAAGUGCGACUUUAAGUCAGAUCUAACUCUCUAUAUAGCACACUCAUGAACUGAAAAAAAUGAAUAAAUAGGCCUAAUGAAUAAUAUAGGAUUUGUAUAGCGCACGUAUCCACCUUGCUAGGUGCUCAAGGCGCUCCUACAUUACCCCGGCUAAGCUAGUCUACCAAUUCUGGUGCACACAGCUUUUUGAGGAAUAACUUCCUGUGGGUACCCAUUUACCUCGCCUUUGUUGAGUGCAGCACAAUGUGGGUAAACUAAAGGUCAAUUGAAAAUGAUAUUUCCCAACUGUCAGUGCUGGAAAUACAUUUAUUGCAUAAAGAAUUUUGACAAAUUGCCAUUCAAAUGCAAGUUUGGAGGAUACAGAGUAUCGGGAAAUCGAGUUUCUCAUUAUUCCUUCAUUAUCAUUUAGUCAGUUUGGUAAAGUUAAACUGUAAAUUUAAUUACCAUGCUAUACAUGUAAUAAGGAAAUCUUGUAAGUGCUUUAAGUGAAAAGGAGUAUAACCAAAUAUUGCAUGUUGAUUGUGGAAGACUUGUCUAGCUUUCCAUCAAUAUAAAUCAUGUUGAAUAUUUAUUGUCAGUAAAUGCAGACAUAUUGUUACAAAUAACAAAAAAAAGUAAUUACAAGAUUACCAAGUGUGGCCUUAUUUUGCUCUAAUGUAAAGCUUUAUUUCUGAAACAUUAUGGCCCGUAUUCUUAAGUUGGGUUUAACUUAAACUCUGGUCAGAUGUUGUGGUUUAACUAUGGAUAGCCAAUCAUGACAUCGAUGUCAAACAGUAGAGGUAUCAGCGAAUUUGACUCUCAAAUCAUUCUUAAUAGUCUGGGAAGGAUUAAUAGGAUAGGUGUCUUCACCAUUGAAGAAUUAGGAAAGAGCACAGUAAACAUAAACAUACCAUGUGAACAAAUUAUGACAUGAUUGGCUUCCCCUAAUUUUAGUAGAGUGAGACCACGGUCUAAGUUAAACGCAAGAUCAGAAUAUGGGCCUAUCUCUCUAGAAUACUCUACUUCUGAUAUCGAGAUAAUCUGUAGAAUUGAUAGAAAUUAGUAAGUUCCCUUUAAAUUUUAGUUCGAAAUUUAUUUAUGAGCAAAUACAUAUUUUUUUUUCCUUUUAAACAUUUCCUAAAAUCUUUUACCAUUCAAUCUUCUAUGAACUAUUUACUAAACCCAUAACAUUGUACAAAGGCUAUGCAUAAAUUUGUUAGUAUUCAUAGGGUAGGAAUGAAUUAUUAAUUUUCAAGGGCUGUUUCCUGUUCAGCCUCGGGGCUACUGCUAUGCCAAUUGGGGCUAUUAUUUUAAUUUAGGGGGCUACCUUGUUCAGUGAACAAUUGAAUUAAAGUUAAAAAACAUGUUUAUUUUACUAAAUCAUUGACCCGAUUUAUGCAGAUUUCUUGUUUAAAUUAUGCAUUAUUUACAGUGUAUAAUAAAAAAAAGUCCAAUGCUAAUGCACGUUCUUGUCACGGUGCGCCAAAUUGACACCCGUUGCCAUGGUUCAGCAUGGUAUUUUAUUCAGGAGUGCUCUGUUCAAAACAGUGGACUCAGUAAUUAAAACAGUGAAAACAUUGGACUCCUGAAAAAAAAUAGCAUGCUCAACCAUGGCAACAAUGACAAAAGCGCACAUCGUUAUUGGUCAUUUUGUAGUAUAUGCAGUAAAUUACGGGUAAUUUGUACUGGAAAUCUACAUAAACUAUGGAUUCAACCAAUGGUUUUCAAAUCACCUCUGUGAAUUCAGGCCAUUAGGUCUAUAAUAAAUCUUAGGGCAUAAAAGAAAUGAAUGCAUAAUAAAAUCAAUUUUAUAAGAAAGUUAGGCCCCCAGAGGCAAUUUUAGCUGCAAGAAGGGCAAAAUUGCUUGUCGUUCUGAGUUUUUUUCUUACAUUGAAAGAAUAUCAAAAUCGUUUAACGUUACGCCUUGUUUUUGGCAACCAACAUUGUUGUGUAUACUACAUCUCGUCAUGCAUGUUAACUUAAUGCUUAGUGAAAGGCAUAACUUGUAUCAAUAUUUUUUAUACAAAAAUAAAAACUUGAGAAAUUAUGAUUUGGGGAGUUAUUGCAAUUUUUCAUUAAGAAUUGGGAGAAAAUGAAAUGUUGUUCACGGGGUGUCUUGGAAAGCAUUUUGUAAAUUAUGGUCCUGGUGAUGAUGAUAAUGAUUAUGGUAAUGAUUGUAAUAACUUCUGAUUAAUGGCGAUGAUUGUGAAAUUAAAGACUGAUAACCUCUGAAAA